GGAUUUUGAAAUCGACAUCUGUUCCUACGUUAAGAACCUCUGCCUGCAGACAUGGCCGAGGGAAGUGCCAUCUGCGUCGUGGAGCACAAUGAAAACGAGGAGAGGGACUCGUACCUGCUGAAGGAGGAUAGACUGCAGCGGCUCCUGCUGCAGGCGCACUGCAGGGACAAGCCGGUCGCGGUGGUGUCCAUAGCCGGGGGAGCGAGGAGGGGGAAGUCCUUCCUCUUGAGUCUCUUCCUAAGAUACCUCAGGGCUCAAGGGUCUGAAAAUUGGCUGGAGGAUGAAGACACUCCGAUCACAGGGUUCGCAUGGAAAAUGAGUUCCAAAAGGGUAACGACGGGGAUUCACAUCUGGGAUGAAAUUUUUACAUUGAGGCUCGCCAAUGGGGAAGAGGCAUGCGUCCUCCUGAUGGACACGGAAGGGACGUUCGACUGCGAGGAGUCCCUCGCUCACAGCGUCACCGUCUUCGCCCUCAGCACCCUCCUCAGCUCCGUUCAGAUCUACAACCUCAAGGACAACAUCCAUAUGGACGAUCUCCUUCACCUCCAGGUAUAUUUCACUGGGUACGGUCGCCUGUGCCUCGAGACCAGCGACGACAAACCCUUCCAGAACUUCCUCUUCCUCGUGAGGGACUGGAGGAACCACCACGAGGUCCCCUAUGGAAGUGAAGGAGGUCAGGAGUUCCUGGACGAGAAACUCAAGACUUCUGGCAGACAGCGAGAGGACGUGAAGAAAGUGAAGGAAGACAUCAAGUUCUGCUUUACGAAGCUCAAUUGCUUUCUGAUGCCUUAUCCCGGGGAGAGAGUGGCUGGAGAUCCUCAUUUCAGCGGGUCGCUUUCUGAUAUACAGGAAGACUUCAAGGAUCAACUCCGUCUUUUGGUACAGCAGCUGCUCUCCCCAGAAAACCUGGCUCUCAAGACGAUCGCCGGCAGUCCCAUCACGUGCAAACAACUCUUCGAAUUCUUCAAAUGCUACAUCGGAAUUUACAACAACCGAGCGGAGAUCCCCGAGCCCAAGAGCAUCUUCGAGGCCACCGCCGAGGUCCAGCACCGGAAUGCCUGCGACGAAGCAGUCAACCACUACACCAAACGAAUGGACAGACUCCUGGCGGAAACUCCCGUGCCCACUCGAAGGAGACUGAAUCAAGUUCACGCCUCACUCCGAGUGGAGGCGAUAGAGAAAUUCACGAGUUCCAAGAAGAUGGGCGGAAAAGAAGUAUCGGGAAGAUUCCUAUUGCUUUUGGAUAAGAGCCUGCACGAGAAGUACGAGAAAUACGAGAUACAGCGAGACGCGAGGGAGGAGCAGAUCAGAUCGAAACUGCUGGAAGCGGCAGCCCGCUCCCUCAAGGAGUACGGGGAAGACAUGGCCGAGGUCUUGGGGACGGUCCCACUGGUGACCAAGGAGGAGCUGCGAGUGGAACACCAGGAGAAGAAGGCCUGGGCGAUUCAAUACUUCUUGCAGAAUAAGGAAAUUGCAGGGGAAGACCUCUUCACACAAUGCAAGGAGAAACUGGAAAAGGACAUCGAGUCCCAGUCAGCCUUCUUCUUCACCGAUCGGCAAUGGAAAGAGACCACUGCCAACGGGGACCUGAUCAACGCCAUCCAGUCCACCGUCUGGAUCUACUGUAGCCAGAUGGGCCACUCCUGCGGAGGAGCCGUCAUCACCGAGGAAGAGUUGGAGAGUGAGCACCGGAAGCACUACAAAGAGGCGAUCAACGCCUUCUUAGAGAGAACUCAAAACACACUCUGUCCAUAUCUUCUCGAUGGCCACCAUCAAAACUUGAUGAGGCGUUUGGAUGAGCAGUACAUGAAGUACAUCGAACUGAGAGAAUCAAGAGAAAGACAAGCAGAAACGGAACUCAUCAAUGCCAAGGAAAGCGCUAUGGAAAUAUACAACGACCAGAUGAGCAAAUUAUUGGUAGAUUUGAUGAGCGAAGAGAAACUGAACAACAUCCAUGGGAGCUAUCAGCGACAGACAAUGAUAUCCUUCGAAGAGACAGGAAAAAAAUACCCACAUCUUGCUAAGAAACACACGGACGAUUUGGAAUUGCGUAUGUCAAGCGAAUACAAGCGAUACAAAGCCUUCAGAAACUCCCAAGAGCACCAAGCCGAGUCUGCCCUCCAAGACGCGGUGGAGCGUAGCGUGGCACUCUACGAGCUCGAGAUGUCCUACCACUGCGGCGGCAAGGACGAUGAAGGAAGGCAGGGAGCCACCGACAAUCACCUUCUCACCAAGGAAGAGCUGCUCGAAGGACACGAGAAGUACCGCAGAGAAGUUCUGCAGAUCUUCUGGGCGAUUGGGGCGCAGUGGCCUCACCUCGCCGACAGAUACAAGGAGGAGCUGGAGGAGCGUCUGACAAUGGCGAAAGACCAUCUCGAGAGGAAACGGAAAAACAAAGAAAAAAGAGUGGGAAAAUUGCUGGUGAAAUCCCUGAGGGCAAGGGCCGAGGAUUACCUCAGUGCUACCAGGAUGAAGAAAUUCUACGGAGAAACCGUCGUGACCGAGGAAGAACUAAAAGAAAACCACGAGGAACACAGGGACGCAGUCGUGCGCUCCUUCGUGGAAGAUGGAGACUGGGCCCCCGCCUGGCUCUUCCAGGAGUACCGAGACAUCCUCGUCACCACCCUGGAUGACUGGCACCGCUCAUUGGAAACGAAGAUGACGGAAGAGCGCGCGAAGCGAUACCAGGCAGGAAGCAUCGUCGGCAUCGCUGCAGCAGCGGCCCCCUUGAUGGCGGGCGCGGUGCUUGGCCCCAUCGGCGCUCUGGGGGCCAGUGCUGCCAUAGGUGCUCUCGGCGGCACCUAUAAGUACUAUAACGAUGCAUGGAGGUGGCAGAACGAGGUCGUCCCUCCCGACCCUUCCAGCAUUCCAAUGUCCGUCUCGGGUUUGGUUGUCAAUCUAUCAUCCGACGAAGAUAAUGCAGAAGUGGAGUCCGAGGAACAUGAGUCAGAAUAA